GACAUGGUAGCAUCCUGUUUCCAUUUCAGUUCUUUUCAACCCCUUUUGUGAUACUGCUUGAGAAUUAAUGUGUACUCUUCUCUUGCAUAUUUCUCAGGCCCAAACAAGAUUACAGACUGGAAUUGCUGUCAACAUGGGUACUGAAGACAAACCCCCACAUGUUGAGAUUUCCUUGUCUACAAAUAAUGAGACUGUCAUUUGUGCAGUUAUGGUAUUUGCAGAAGGAAUUUUUGAAGGUGAAACUCAUGUGCUUCAUCCAAAAGAGUCAGAAGUGACAUCAAGAUUGGAUGUGGCUCUGUAUCCACCCAGAGAUGUUCCAGUUGAUAUUCACAUUAAGGCAUUGGUUGGAUAUGAAGGAAGCCAGCACUAUCAUGUGUUUGAACUAACUAGACAGUUGCCACGGUUUUCAAUGUAUGCUGUGCUUGUUGAACGGACACAGGAUGUUGGCAGUUUUCUCUCCUUUGUCAUCAAUGAAAGACUGCAGCGGGUUAGUGUGAUUUAUUAA